CCUUCUCUCCAUCUUUACCUCCAUCCACACCUUCUCCCCACGUUGUCUUCUGUUCACACGUGACAUCACUUCCUGUGCAGAGCUUCCAGAGGUGUUCCUCCUCCAGAAGACGCCAUCCUCUCCAGUCACCUGCAUGGUGACAGGUUUCUACCCCGACUUAGCCGACCUGUUUUGGAGGAAAGACGGCGAGCAGAUCUUCGAGGACGUGGAGCACGGAGAGCUGCUCCCCAACCACGACGGAACCUUCCAGAUGUCGGUGGAGCUGAAAGUGGAGGUGACGGCCGAGGUGGAGGGCAAGUACGAAUGUGUGUUCCGGCUGUCUGGCGUCAAGGAGGACCUGGUCACCAAGCUGGAGAGAAGAAGCAUCCUGAGCAACGCAAGCCCACAAGACAACACUAAGAUCCUCCCUAUGACGAAGGACUCGGAGGACAGCAUUCCAGAUGCCUUUGAGGUGGUGCCACCUCAGAACUGUCCCUUCCCUGGCAACCGUGUCACAUACAUUGGUGGCUGGGUGAUGAAGUGA